CACGGUUAGCCUUGCAUCCGCCUCACCGUUCGGAUAACCUUGGCAACACCUUAAUCGAAGUGCUGUCAACCGUAUUCGCGUACCCCAGCCAUAUGUGUCCUAGUUUCGCGGCGAUAGAAGUGGUACUUGUAGGUAUGAACCUCUCGAUAUGCCAGAAGCCAUUGAUCCACCAUCGUGGUGUCUGUUUAACAUCUCGAUUUACGACUCAAGAUGUCGCUGUCGAAAUGCGCGGGCUAUUGUUUCGACACAGGCCUAUCCAACAACGGGUGUGUGGAUGCUGUCGACUUCUACUGCCAAUGUCCAAAGUCUGACGCUCUCAUCACUGCGAUGACACCAUGCCUACUGAAUCUAUGCUCAUCUCUCGAGAUGACAGAGGCUGUAAUAUACUGGCAGACUCUGUGUAUGAUGGCCGUAAGCUCGAUGGUCCAAGUACCGGGCUUCGCGACAGACUCGAUGGGCAUAGCGAUAAACCCAACCAUGUCAGUGUCAAGAACCACAGGGAGAGCAGCUUCGCUGUCGAUGUCGGCGCCAGAGACACAGACUUUCACGCCCUCUUUCGAGUCGUUGGCGUCAGAGUUCUCCUUCUUGGUGUCACAGACCGCACUGUGGACGGAUGAGUUUGCUUCGGAAACCGAUGGUUUCAGCACGCCGACUGGCGCUUCGUCUCGACCCAUCGCAUCUUCCUCAUCACUCUCCACUGGUGCAAAAGCUGGGAUCGCAGUCGGCGUGGUGGGCAGUGCUUUGGCCAUAGCCUUGGGUGUCUGGCUAUUCUGCCGACGUCGCAGACGAUCAAAGGCAGCGGUUCCAGAGCCGUAUACAGUUGGAAACGAAGGGUUUUCAGAGAAAAUGCCGGUGGUCACCACUGCACCACAAGUCGAGCCGAAGCAUCCGACCAGCUCCAUUCAACGUAAGCCGGUUCAGCACAGUCACAUAUACCCGGAGAUGGACGUCGGCGGUGCAGUAAGUCCCGUUAGUGUCCCCCAAAUGCCACAUCAGAACGAGCUCGAAGGUCAAUAUUGGCCGGCUGCGCACGAACGGAGAGGAGAAUUGCCCGGAUGAAGCAUGCCAGGGGCGAAAGUGCGGUCUUAUGCUCAUUCGAGAGAUCAUGGCUCGCAUCCGUGAGCCUUUCUCAAACAUGACUUUUGUCUAUUCGUUCGUCGUACGUUUAUCGCUACAGUAUGGUACAGUUGGGUGGAUGUUGUACAGGGUAUAAUCGUGCCGACCAGCAGCUGGUGUGUAUCUGAGUUGUUACUCCUUUGGGGUUUGCGAGGAGGGUUGGUUCUUGUCGGUCAAUC